UGUUUGUACUUGCAGUAGUUUCAGACAAGGAGGAACAGAGUUCAGAAUCUCACCCCCACCCUGCCAGCCAUACAAUCCAUGGAUGGUAAAGACCCGAAUUCGAGUGUUCGUAUACUUUGCCGGAGGCUCCAGAUAAUCAAGAAUGAAACCGGCCUUCAAUGGCUUAUUGGAUCCCCGUUCUUCCCUUCUCUUACUAUUGCCUCUACCUUCCGUUGCAUCCAUACCGUCAACUCCAAUCCUUUAUCUCUAGACUUUUCUAAGGAAUCAGAUGAUUUAAGGACGUUGAUACCAAAGGGCUUUGAAGUAAUUGGAGCCAUGGUAGUGGGAAAGGACUGUGAUUUUAAUCAAUUUGCGGGGGAUGCCAUUGACGCGACUAGUAAAUUGAGGAAGAUAUUAUACAAUUCCGACAAUCGAGAUUUGAUUGGAGCUGUGGUGGAUUUGAAUCGCGGUGGUGAUGCCCAGUUUAUCGUGAUGAGGGCGGCUGGGAAGUUGGAGAACAUUAGUAUGGCUGUGUACGAAGAGGAGCCGGAGAAGUAUGUUUGGGAAAGAGGCUGUUUGCUCCGGUGUGAGCUCCCAAUUAAGCUGCCAUUGUAUUAUCCUCUACAUAAUCCCAAAGCUGUAGAUGAUAUAUAUACGAGUGCAACUGAUGCUGUUGCUUCUGCACUUAGAGAUCCACAACUGACAUUCAUUAUUGAAGCAUUAAACAGAACUGAAGCUGGUGCACCACCUGUCAUCCUACAUGACUUGGAAUUGAACCUCCAUGGACAACUAGCUGAUUCUACUAACAGUGAACUUAGUAAAAGUUUUGAUACAAAAUCAUUGUUAUGUUCAACCUUCUUUGGAACUAGUGCAGAUAUCAAAGCGUUUAGUUCUAUAGAAGAGAGUGUAGAUAAAAUUCAAGUAAGCAUUUUACAUAAUAGAUCAAGGAAUUCUCUCAAACCUGUUUCACCUGUUGCUGAAUAUUGUCCAGCUUCAGAAGAAGCUAAGGUUUUGGUUUUAGAUCUUAAACUUGAAGUGCUCUGUUAUGCUGCAAAGGAUUUUACGUUAAGAUGUGCUGUGUCAAAAUUAGUCAUUCCUGCUUUAGUUGACCAACUACAUUCAGUAAAGAACAAAAUCUCCCAUGAUCUCUUGGUGGGGUAUCCAGAACUACAUCCUUAUCACUUUGCCCCUUUAGGACUCUUGCAUCCUAUCACAGUUCUAUAUGAACUCAAUUAUGGAGAAACAGAAAUGAAUCAAGUUGAAGUAAGAAGAUCCCUUCAUUUGAGGCUUGGUUUGCCUUUUGAUCGUCCUCUUCUAAGAAUUGCAAAUGCUAUAAAUCUAGUAGCAACAAAGGAUGCAAAGAGAAACACUACACGCAGGGGUCCCUCUUUGCUCAAGGAUGUACAUAUAGGAAUUCCAAGUAGUGGAGUUUCUGGAGGCAGUACCUCAUUAAUCCAAGGUUCUUACGAGUAUUUCCACUACCUCCAAGAUGGAUUUGAUGAUUCGGGAUGGGGUUGUGCUUAUCGUUCUUUACAGACCAUCAUUUCAUGGUUCAGACUGCAAAAUUAUACUACAGUUGAUGUUCCUUCUCACAGGGAAAUACAACAGGUACUUGUGGAGAUUGGAGAUAAGGAUCCUUCAUUCAUAGGGUCACGCGAUUGGAUAGGAGCCAUUGAGCUUAGCUUUGUUUUGGACAAACUUCUUGGUGUUAGCUGUAAAGUCAUAAAUGUAAGAUCAGGGUCAGAGCUUCCUGAAAAGUGUCGAGAGCUAGCAUUGCACUUCGAGAAUCAAGGGACACCUAUCAUGAUUGGUGGUGGUGUUCUUGCAUAUACACUCUUGGGUGUAGAUUAUAAUGAUGUUAGUGGUGAUUGUGCAUUUCUUAUACUGGAUCCUCACUACACGGGCAGCGAUGAUCUCAAGAAAAUAGCUAAUGGUGGAUGGUGUGGGUGGAAGAAAGCUGUGGAUAGCAAGGGAAAGCAUUUCUUCUUGCAUGAUAAGUUCUAUAAUCUCUUGCUUCCGCAGAGGCCUAACAUGGUAUAGAUAUUUGGUGAGAACUUCAUCAUAGUAUACUAGCUGUUGUGUUCAAUAGGAAUGGACUUCUUUCUUUCUUUC